AUGCCGCCACCCAAGCAGCUAUCAUACCAAGUCCAAUACUGGAAAAAGCCCAUGGGUAUUAAUGAUCAUCACAACUUCCCAAUCUCCGAUACUGCGGCAGCAGAGAUGAGGCAAAAUGCCACUCAAAACCUCUCGAGACUCCCAAGCCAGCUCCACCAACUGGCCGUCGGCUCAACAUGGGAAAGAUCGGCAGACCAGAGCAUGAGGGAGUACCAGCUUUUAGACUAUGCUGCGCAAAACAUUGACAUUUUGAAAGCGAUGAACAUCAGGGACAGAGAUCGAGACCAGGAAGAAGCCAGUAGAAAGAAGAAGGAGGAAGCGCCUGGGGUGCUAAAUGCGAUCAAGUAUUGGGUAUGUCCGCAAGAGAUGAAGAAAACGAGAAACGACAUGCGAGAAUUGAGGGAACGCGGUCGCUACGCCCGUUGCGUGAAAGACUGCAUGCCGGAAAUCCUCGAUGGGACUGACAUGCGGUGGUCUGGCACGCCUGACUUCGUUUACGUAAUGAAGAAUGUGGAAUGGAUCAUGGAAAAGGCGCGAGCGACAGCCACAAAGGUGCAGACGGAUAAUCCAGACGGCCACUGGGCUAUCGAGCUUCUCAAUUUUUACUCGGAUAGCUGGAUUGUAUGGCUCGAUGAUUUCAAUGAGAAUUUUCAGACUAAUUGGUAUGAUCUUGACAAGAAGAUCGAGGGUGCGAAGCAGAGAGCUGAAGUAGCGGAGGAGAUUGUCGAAGAGAUCGAGAAGGAGAGGAGGAUGCGGAUGCCAGUUGGACUUGCAUGGGGAUUGGCGUCAGAGAAUUUCAGAGAAAGAGAUCCGUAA